UCUGUAUGUUUUCUGCUGUAUAUUUUCUGCUUCUAUGCUUUGCAGUUAAAUUUUGUUUGUCCAUUGCGGUGGAAACCAUUUCUUUUGGCCAGAGUCUUUCAGGAUCACAAACCAUCGUAUCACAAGAUGGAACGUUUGAGUUGGGAUUCUUUUCAACAGGAGGAAAGUCUAACAACACCUAUCUAGGCAUCUGGUACAGAGACUUUGCAGAAAAGACCACAGUCUGGGUAGCAAAUAGAGAAAAACCAAUAUCUAACACUUCCAGGAGUUCAAAGCUUGAGAUAUCUGAGGACGGCAAUCUAGUAUUGCGUGAUGAGUCUGAAAUUUUGUGGUCAACAAAUUUGGUACUAUCACAACCAAGUUCAAUCGAAGCAGUGCUUCUUAACACUGGAAACUUUGUACUCAGAGAAAGUUCAGAGCCAUCUACAAUCUUUUGGCAAAGUUUUGAUAAUCCUACUGAUACAUGGCUUCCUGAAGGCAAAUUGGGCUUGAGGAUACUUCCUGCUUCAUCUUGGGAACCGCAACGUCUUAUUUCAUGGAAAAAUUCAGAAGAUCCUUCACCUGGGAUUUACUCCUUUGUGAUGGACAAAGAUACAUCAGGAGGUCAGCUGUUCCUGGAAUGGAACAUGUCUGCAAGAUACUGUAGUACUGGAACCUGGACAGGUGAAGUUUUUGCAUCUGUUCCUGAAUUCAGCUACACAUCUAAAUUCACUCUGGUCUCAACCCCAAAUGAGACCUAUUACACUUACUCUCUCUUCAAUAAAAUCAUACUUUCAAGACUAGUAAUGGAUGUAUCUGGACAGCUCAAACAGCUUACAGCUUUGCGUGGCCAUCAAACGUGGAGUGAAACUUUUUCUCUACCUAGGGAACAAUCUGAUGUUUACGCAUAUUGUGGGGAUUUCAGUUACUCCAGCAGUAGUCCACCAUCCUCUUGCACAUGUUUGCAAGGUUUUGUUCCAUUUUCAAAUGAAAAUGACAGGAUAAAUGGUGGAAUGCGUGGUUGUGAAAGGAAAGCCCCUCUGUUGUGUGAAAACAAUACUUCACCAAAAGGGAAGAAGAAUGGAUUUUUAAGAAUUUCAAACUUGAAUCCACCUAAUAACUCGGAAGAACAGCAGCUUACUGUGGAAGAAUGCAAAUCAGCUUGCUUGGAGAAUUGCUUCUGUAUAGCUUAUGCCAAUGUUGGUAGUUUGUGCUCAAUGUGGAGUGGAGCUCUACUGAAUUUAAAGCAAGUCUCUGAUGUUGUUAACAACAGACAAGAUCUCUAUGUGAAAGUUGCAAACUCUGAACUUCAAGAUGAUUCAGGUGAUAAAAAGAGAUUGAUGGUAAUUGUAGCAGUGGUGGUGUCAUUGGUUGGACCUGCUUUAGGAGGACUCCUGAUUUUCGGAGCAAGGAAGAUCAAGAGAAGAGGUCACGGGAAGAAAGACUCCAGCCAGGAUUUAUUAUCAUUUGAUUUUAGUUCCAGCAACCAUGCAAUAGAUAAUCAAGUGAAGAAUGUAAACAAUGCAAGGGAAGGAAGUAAGAAUGAUUUUGAUCUACCUUUAUUCAGCUAUGCAAGUGUUUCUGCUGCCACAAGCAAUUUUUCAGCAGGCAAUAAGCUCGGGGAGGGAGGAUUUGGACCAGUCUACAAGGGCAAAACUCUGAAGGGGCAAGAGAUAGCAGUAAAGAGGCUUUCAACAAGAUCAGGACAAGGGCUUCAAGAAUUCAGAAAUGAGAUUCUAUUGAUUGCGAAACUGCAGCACAGGAAUCUUGUCCGACUUUUAGGUUGUUGUAUUGAGCAUGAUGAGAAUAUACUAGUCUAUGAGUACAUGCCCAACAAAAGUCUAGAUUUUUCCCUGUUUGAUCCCAAGAAACAAGUGUCACUAGAAUGGGAGACUCGUAUUUGCAUCAUUGAAGGGAUUGCUCAAGGGCUCUUAUAUCUGCAUCAGUAUUCCAGAUUGCGUAUAAUCCACAGAGAUCUCAAAGCUAGUAACAUUCUUUUAGACAGUGAAAUGAACCCCAAAAUAUCAGAUUUUGGCAUGGCAAGGAUAUUUGGUGGCAAUAAUUCAGAAGCAAACACUAAAAGAAUUGUUGGAACUUACGGAUACAUGGCCCCUGAGUAUGCACUGGACGGCAUUUUCUCCAUCAAAUCCGAUGUGUUUAGCUUUGGUGUUUUGGUGCUUGAGAUAGUGAGUGGCAAGAAGAACACUGGCUUUUAUAACAGCAACGCCCUUAAUCUUAUCGGACAUGCUUGGGACUUGUGGAUUCUAAAUCGCGCACUGGAAUUACUGGAUCCAUCACUAGGUUGUCCUCCUGCUGUUGCUGUACAAAGAUGCAUCAACAUAGGACUUCUUUGCGUGCAAGAAAAUCCAAAUGAUCGGCCUACCAUGUCCAAUGUUGUCUCAAUGCUUUGCAAUGAAGUUGUAGCUCUUCCCCCACCAAAACAGCCUGCUUUUGCAGCAAGGAGAAAUGUGAUCAAGGCCAACUCAACCUCAAGCAAUGCUCAAAGUGUCUCAGUUAAUGGACUAACUUUUUCCUCAUUAGAACCAAGAUGAUUAGUUGCCAUUCCUUCCAUUUGUACAAUCUGAAGCAUGAUUCAAGAGCAAUGUCAUUCUUUGUAACAAAUGGCUGCUUGAAAGGGAAAUCAGACAAGUAUUCUGUUUGGAAAAACAUAUUUGAGAGUAAUUACUGAACCCAAUUCAGAAAUUGGUU